CAAACCUCAUCUCCACCACACUCCGCCAUGCUCCGCGCCACCCGCCCACUCUUCUACGCCGCUCAGGCGCUCAAGGAGACCACCAACAUCACGGGCCUGGCAGUACACCCCCGCCCCCUGCCGGCCCUCAAGUCGCUGUACACGGAGACGCUUACUGGCCUCGCGGCGCUCCCCGCGUCCUCCGUGUACCGCCAGGCGACGGAGGCGCUCACGAAGCACCGCAUGGCGAUCGUCGAGCGCGCAGGCGAGGACGUGGCCGCCGUCGAGCGCGAGCUCGGCACCAUGGUCGAGGUCGCGAUCCAGGAGGCCGAGUGCGAGAAGAAGCUCGUCGGCUCCAUGGGCGAGUGGAAGGCUUGGGAGUCGCUUGAGGAGAAGCCCGAGCCGAACCAGUGGCGGUACUUUGACCCCACUGGCGACUCGCUGUAAGACGUGGGCGAUAGAUGCAAGCGCAAUGAGAUAAUCGGGGCGGCGCGGAGCAGUAGCUGGGCUGCAGCAUUUGCGCUUUUACCCCGGGUCGGAGUCGGG